AUUAGCAAAACAAAUCAUGGAUCGUGAAGUGUGAACGUCCCAUUGGAUUUUUACUGUACCUACGCAUUUACUUACAAGUGAUAUGAUUUACAAGUGAUAAUAGAACCAAAAUCUGUAAGCUGUUAAAUAUAUAAACACAUUAUUUAUCAUUAAAGCAUAACAUAACCUCUUAGCAAUCUGAUGCUUAAUAAAACAAUCUAACAAUGCAAAAUAAAGAACGUGUUUGGGGGUUUUGUGAUCUAAGCAUAGAUAAAAAUUACGAUCUCAACUCAUUAUAUUUAAUUGAGAAGCUAGGUUUCAAUACUAUAGCACUAAACACACAUGUUGAAGAAGUAAGCGAAGAACCCAAAAAGAAAAAGAAGAAAAGUGAACCGACUGAGAAGAAAGAUUUUAUCCCUUUGCCGGUUGACGUGCCAGAGGAUUUAAAAAAGAAUUGCAAGCUAAAUAUUUUACAGAGGGUUACCAUAGAAUUUUCAGACUCAAGUAUUUCACUCAAGCUCAAUAAGUCUGAAAAUAUUAAGAAGUAUGAUAUUAUUGCUGUAAUGCCUAAAACAAUACAGGCUUUUCAAUAUGCCUGUGGGACUCUUGAUGUAGAUGUAAUAACAUUUGACCCUCAAAUAAGAAUGCCAUUCAAAGUUAGUCGCAAAUUGUACAGACAGGCAGUGGAGCGAGGUAUAUUUUUCGAACUCAUGUAUUCAGUUGCCAUACGAGAUUCAAUGUCACGGAAGAACAUUAUCAGUACUGCGCAUAACUAUCAUGCAGUUGGCAAAUCCAAGAACAUAAUAGUCACCAGUGGCUCAGCAACAUACAUGCAUUGCAGAGGAGUUCAUGAUGUUAGAAAUCUAGGAUUUAUACUUGGAUUAAAUGCUAACCAGUGUUUAGAAGUGAUCAGAGACAAUGCCCAGAGGCUAAUUCUAAAAACUCAAGGAAGAAAAUGUGGUAAACACUAUAUGGAAGUUUCCAAUUUAGAAGUGUGUUUGUUUGUGGGGUGCAGAUUGUUAAAAUAAGGCAACAAUCACUCGACAAUUAUUUGCUGUGAAAGGCACAUAUGACACAAUAAUAUUAUUUACAAUGUAUUAAAUUUUAUCAGAUCAUAU